UAGAGAUCCUUAUCACUAUACGUGUAAAUUGUUUGAAUGCUUUUGAUACCAAAGAUACAUAAAAGUCUGCUGUAGGAGAAUUUUUGUGGACAUAUAAUAAUUUUUUUAAUUGAUAUCGAUCCCGCCUCGUUUCACUCUUGAAUGAACACUUUUUGAGAGGCACGUCGGGAAGAGACUCUCUUGCAUACUUCCAAAAGGUGUGAGAAACAUUUCUAUGAAAGAAAUAGGUACACAAGUGACUGCUCUCACAUCACUGAUCACCAGAUUUCAAAACCUGGCGUCCAUCGAGAAGGAAAAUAACCCAACCUUUUCUCUGUUGAUGUGGAAGGAGAACUGGAGGCGGUGCAUGUUCAAGUGUUUUUUAAUUCAAAGUGAAUCCCUUUGACGUAUCCACCAGCAGCUCCCACUAUCAAUCCGAUUGUUGAGUGCAAAGAAGGAAUUCACUUUGAUCUAGUGAGACUUUAAUUAUACUGCUGGUUUAAGCGCUUCAACCCAGUAACAUGAAAUGUAACUUACUCUUCUCCAUGUGAACGUCUGAGGUUUGGACUCCAGUGCUAAAUACAGUAAGGAAAAUGUGUAACCAUUAACACUGUGUGCAAGUUGUAGGAAACUCAUGGCAUCAUGUUACAUCAAGCCAAGUAGGUGUUCCUUACACUCUGCCAUCAGCAGACCACACCUCCCCAUACCUGCUGCUCUUUAACAACCUGUCAUUUCACUCUCACAUCACAACAGUUGUACGGGGACUGAACUACAUUGCUCUGAAACCUCUUUGACCAACCGCCAUUGGUUUGGAUCGCUAUGGAUUCACCACAGCAGUCAGACAGAUUAAUAGGCGUGACAGCUGGGAGAGACAAAGAGGAGCACUCAGCAGCAGUAGAAGACAAGGGACAGACAUCUGCUGACUUCAGCCGCAUCUACAGCACAGACCUGCUUCCUGCUCCAGGGGGUGAGGAGAUGACCGGAGAAUUUCUGAAGGAGCUGGUUAACAUCCUGUUGGCUUACAUCAGCAAGUCAAGUCAGCGGAGCUCCAAGGUCCUGGACUUCCACCAUCCUCACCAGCUAAAGGAGGGCCUGGAGUGCUUCACUCUGGACCUGCCUGACAAACCAGAACCUCUGGAGCAGCUACUAGUAGACUGUAGAGACACACUUAAAUAUGGUGUUUGUACAGGUCAUCCCCGGUUCUUGAACCAGCUGUCUUCUGGGUUGGAUGUGGUUGGUUUAGCAGGCGAAUGGUUGACCUCUGCAGCCAACACUAACAUGUUUACGUAUGAAGUGUCCCCUGUUUUCGUCCUCAUGGAGGAGUUUUUGCUGAGGAAGAUGCAAAGCAUUGUGGGUUGGUCUGACGAUGUGGGAGAUGGAAUCUUUUGUCCAGGUGGCACAAUAUCCAAUCUGUACAGCGUCCUGUUGGCCAGAUAUCACUUCUACCCAGAGGUGAAGACAAUGGGGAUGGGAGUUCUGCCUCAGCUGGCCCUCUUCACUUCAGAACAAAGUCACUACUCAGUCAAGAAAUCUGCAGCAGUACUGGGGAUGGGCAGCAAGAAUGUGUUCAUGGUGAAAUGUGAUGACAGUGGGAAAAUGAUUCCUUCUGAACUUGAGUCUUGCAUCGUUGCCGCUGACAAAAAGGGGCUUGUUCCAUUCUACGUGAAUGCGACAGCGGGCACCACGGUGUACGGCGCCUUUGAUCCUCUCGACGCCAUAGCUGACAUCUGCCAAAGACACACACUGUGGAUGCAUGUAGAUGCAGCGUGGGGGGGAGGCCUGCUGAUGUCAGACAGGCACAAGAUGAAACUACGUGGCAUUGAAAGAGCCUGGUCUGUAACUUGGAAUCCUCACAAGAUGAUGGGCGUCCCUCUACAAUGCUCCGUCAUACUAGUCAAGAAAAGGGGUCUUUUACAGGAAUGUAAUGAUUUCGGGGCUGAGUAUCUUUUCCAGACAGACAAAAUCUACGACGUGAGCUAUGACACUGGAGAUAAGAGCUUCCAGUGUGGACGACAUGUUGAUGUCUUUAAACUUUGGCUCAUGUGGAAGGCAAAGGGCUCUGAGGGUUUUGGAGCUCAGGUGAACAAAUGUUUAGAGAAUGCAGAGUAUCUGUAUGAUCAGCUGCAAAGGAGGACACACUUUGAACUGGUCUUGAAAAAUAAGCCGGAGCACAGCAACGUGUGUUUCUGGUACAUCCCUCCGAGUCUGAGAAGCCUGCCACCUGGACCUGACAGAGACGCGAGACUCCAUCAGGUGGCUCCUCGGAUCAAGGGCAGGAUGAUGGAGAAGGGCUCAGUCAUGAUUGGCUAUCAGCCUUUGGGGGACAAAGUCAAUUUCUUUAGGUGUGUGUUCUCUAAUCCAGCUACGCAGCAAGAGGACGUUGACUUCCUGCUGGAGGAGAUCGCCCGGCUGGCCGAUGACCUCUGAUUGGAUUGAUGUCAUUUUUAAGGAAAUGCGUGCAAUCGUAUAAGUCCAUCAUUUUACUGUGCCAUUAGUACAUUGGAUCCAACCUUGUUAGAGACAAUUACUGAAAAAUAUGCUCUAUAGCCUCAUAGCAGUCUAAUAAAAAGGAUCCCUCGACCGAUAUUAAACCAGAAAUGUUUA